AGCCUUAAGAAGUAUUUUAUUGGCCUCUUCCCCUUUUGGCAGUUACAUGAAAUGGACCUACCGGUACCCGGUACCGGGACGGCCGGGGGCCCGGAGACGAAUCUUUGCUGGCGGCAGCAGACCAGAACUCCGACGCACACAUCCAGCUAACACGCAGGGCGCGGCGCUGUACAAUCUGUUAAAAACUCCCCGUUUGUUGGUACACACUGCACUUGCCAAAAUUAAAAGCGGAACACAGAAGUCGUUCGAAACGGGGAGAAGAAGGCUUGAAAAUAUUUUCCCCAGCAUAAAAGUUUUAUUUGGACCCGGGCUGCGUGUGCUCUGAGCGGGUACUGCGUGUGCUCUGCGCCUGGCUCGGGGCGUGUGCGGCUCCUGUCGCUGCGCACGGCCAGGGGCCGCUCCGAGCCCGGACUGCUGUUCCCUUCCCUCACUCGUCUCCUCCGAGUCUCUUUCGCAUCCUCCUGAUUGGGCGGCUCAGUUAUUCCGCCUGAAUGGGCCGCAACGACAUUGGCCGGCCGUGGAUUCGCGUCAUCCUGCCCGAAGACGUGUACUCGGGGUUUUCGUCCUGUCACAAACACAUGUAGAGCAGAGCAGCACCGGAGACGGCACGGCUAGAGCCAACUCGUUAGAUUUACUCGCAGAACGCCGAGCUGCAGCCACAAAGAUCCGCUUUAAUAUACGGAGAUCAUUAACUGCGCAUUUCAGAGCAUUUUCUCAAGGACAUUCCUCUCUCGCUUUCUGAAUCGAGUCAGUGGAAAUACAAUCUGAAAACUCCAUUUGCUUUACUUAAUUUACAGUCGUCCAUAGCAGAGCGUUAUUCCAAAAGGACUUGAACUGCGCCUUUUCUGAUUCUCGGACUAGUGCGCCGAAUUUUCUAGUUUUUUUUUUUACAUUCCACAGCGCGAAAACACCCCCCGAUUUACCGGAACCAAUCUGUGAACCAAAAUAAGAAAUUGUCUUCAGAGAUCGGCGAACCUACAAACAGUUCAACCGUCACAGUACAACGAGACAAAAGAGAACGGAGACCAUGGUGAACCCCGGUAGCAGUGCCCAGCCGCCCCCCGUGGGAGCGGGGUCUCUCUCCUGGAAGAAGUGCGCGGGGUGUGGGGGCAAGAUUGCAGACCGCUUCCUGCUGUAUACCAUGGACAGCUACUGGCACAGCAGGUGUCUCAAGUGCUCCUACUGCCAGGCGCAGCUGGGAGAGAUCGGCACGUCCUGCUACACCAAAAGCGGCAUGAUACUCUGCAGAAACGACUACAUCAGGUUAUUUGGUAACAGCGGAGCAUGCAGCGCGUGUGGGCAGUCCAUCCCAGCCAGCGAGUUGGUCAUGAGGGCGCAAGGCAACGUCUACCACCUCAAGUGCUUCACGUGCUCCACCUGCCGGAAUCGCCUGGUGCCUGGAGACCGCUUUCACUACAUCAACGGCAACUUGUUCUGCGAACACGACAGACCCACGGCUCUCAUGAACGGCCAUUUGAACUCCCUGCAGACCAACCCGUUACUGCCAGACCAGAAGGUCUGCUAAAGGGAAGGGAAGCUGUGCCCGGAAGCAGGACGCGUGCCUUCAUUCCAGCCCUCGCCCAUCCUCGCCAGGGGGUCCGACUCCCACCCCAGCUGCCCUCGCCAUUGUACUCCCGCUCACUCUCCGCUGCCCCUGUGGGGCGCAGCCCUGCGCUCACAUGACUGAGGAAGGGACAUUAAGGACUCCAUGAACCUGGACUAAUGGGAGACUGUACAGAAAAUGAGAGAGAGAGAGAGAGAAAGAAAGCCCAACCUGAGGACAUUCUGGGGAAAAAAUGACAAAUGAAGCUAAUUAAGCACAGCUUUUCAAAUCUGCAUCACACCUCCGAUACCAAUUAGAGGGGGCACUGACCGCAGUUUCUCCCUUUCUUUUUUUCAACACCCCUUCUUUACAACCUUCUGUUUGCUCUUUCUAGAUUUUAAGUGUUGUAAAGGGAAUGUGUUUCAGUUUUUUGGAAAAAAAACAAAAAGACUAUGGAAUAAAAGGUCCGUGGCUUUUGUGGAGAUCUUAUCAAAAACACUUUUGGUGUACCUGUAAAAUACCAUGUAUGUAUGCAUGUAAGUGUUCUGUGUCCCAGCGUGCCCAUUCGCCAGUCCCACCCUCCACAGCAAACCCCACAUCUGAGGCUCAUAGCAGCUCAUGUAGAUUUUCACCAACCUAUAAUUGCUGAAUGAAAAAGAUAAAUCUAUUUGUGAUAUUUUCAGAGACAUUUGCUCCAGUAUGGUGUAUUUAAGUAAUAAAAGUUAAAAGAGAAA